UCCAGUAGAUGGGUGCUAGAUUUGGUAUAACCCUGGCAGGCCGAGGUUCUACUUAUAGAAUGUGGUGACCAAACAAAAAACAACAUAUGGGACAUUUUUCAAGAACACCAUUCCAAUGGGAUUUUUUUACUGCAACUUUAAUCACUACUUUUCUCUCUCUUUUUUCUCUCUUUCUCAAUCUCUGUCUCGCUUACCAAGGCCCCAAAACUCUCUCUCUCCUCUCUCUCAUACUCAAAAGCCAAACAAUCUAUCAUCACAGAUUUUGCUCAUCAGGUUUUGACUGAAAGGCAAAAAGGAAGCAUAUAUGGAGAGGAAGAAUAAUAGUGUGAUGAACAACAGCUUGAAAGAUCAUGGUAUUGUUACUAAAGCCAUUAGAGAUUCAAAAACCAUGAUGAGUAAUAAUCAAAGCAACAAAGCUGCUAGAGAUCAUUCAUCAUGGAACUCAUCAUGUGAUAAUAAUCACCACCAAAGCUAUGAAGAAGAUUAUAUGAAUGGGUUCUCAUGGCCUCCAAGAUCCUAUACUUGUAGCUUCUGCAAAAGGGAAUUCAGAUCUGCUCAAGCUUUGGGUGGUCACAUGAAUGUUCACAGGAAAGAUAGAGCAAGGCUUAGACAAUCUUCACCAAAUGAUCAUCAGGGUCAGUACACAACAUUUCUUAACCUUAACCUCAAACCUAACCCUAACCCUAAUUUUGCUUCCUCAUCAUCCUCAUUUUCUUCUGCUUCUUCAACUAGGCUGCCAUUUGUACCAUUUACUAGCUCACUAUCUUCUCUGAUUUCUCCACCUCUUUCUUCUUUAUCUUCACCACCGCCGUCUUUAUCUUCGGCUGAAAAAUGGACUACUGCUUUAGAUCAUGGUGCUUUACUUGAUCAUCAUCAUCAUCCUUUGAGCACCAAAGUCCCUGAUUCGGCAAAAAUAUUGAAGAAUGAAAGAUCUGAAAGACUUUUUCAUGGUAGUGUUGGAGGAGACGUUGGUAAUUUUGCCAAAAAAGAAGUUUGCAAGAAGCAUUUGAAGAAGGCUGAGAAGACUGUUAGAUUGGACUUGGGAAUUGGUAUGGUUGGUGAUGCAAAGGAGGACAUAGACUUGGAACUUCGAUUGGGAUACUCCUAGGUAAAACUAGAAAGGAGGGAAAAAAAAAACAAAAAAAAAAAGGCAUUAAUUUACUAGUUGAGUUUUAGAGUUUUCUUAAAUCCUUAAAAAAAAAAAAAAAAAAAUCAACUUAUGAGAAGGAUAGAGAUGUGUUAGAGAUGCUUAUAAUUAACCAACUAUUUAUUUUUAUUUUC